AUGACUACGCCCGAAUCUCGUGUCAUCAUCGUGGGCGGUGGUGUUUUCGGAUUAAGCACCGCUCUGUGGCUCGCCCGUGGUGGCUACAAAAAUGUCACUAUUUUCGACCGCUGCAACUUCGACACGAACUACUACAAUCCCGCCGAUGGCUGUGACGGUGCAUCCGCUGAUAUCAACAAGAUCUUCCGAGCAACUUACGGUUCACAAAAGCAUUCACAAGAUCUUGCCUUGGAAGCCAGAGAUAUUUGGCUGGAAUGGAACCGGGCUAUCAAAGAAAGCCAUCCAUCAGACCUUCCGCGACCGUUGACUCCAGAAGAUGAACUGCUCACACUAUGCGGUGUGUAUCAUCUCGCCGAUGGACCAAACAUGAUCCCGCGCUAUGUGGAGAAUCUGCGCGUGAUAGAGGACACGGCACCUAGCUUCCGCGAUCUGCAGUUCAUCAAGGACAACGCUGAUGAUGAAAGGCGAGCUGGUGCACACGGUCCCAAGUGGGCCAAAAAGUUCCAUCUGUUCGACAAGUUCAAAGAUGGUGCUACUAAUGGAUUUCUCGAUGCGGGCUCCGGAAUCACCUUGGCCGACAAAGCAUGCGUGUAUGCGCGGUAUUUAUGUCAAAAGGCCGGUGUCAAGUUUGUCCUGGGACGCCCUCGGGGUGAACUCGAACACUUGAUCACUGAGCAAGAUGGUUCAGACAGGAGCGUCAAGGGAAUUAAAACUCGCGAUGGAUUGACACACCCUGCCGAUCUUGUAAUUGUUGCAUGCGGUCCUUGGACAGCAGCUGUUCUUCCUGAGGCAUAUCGCUCGGUUGAGGCCACAAUGGGAAUUGUUAUGUUUAUCGAUGUGCCAGAAGAUCGCAAAGACCUACGAGAGAAGUUCCAUCCGGACAAUAUCCCCGUCUGGAGGUUUAUUCAAGGCGAAGGAGAAGGUCGCAUCUCAACUCCCCGAACGAAAUACAGCCCAGAGCCAAUCAACACCGUGCCCCUGUAUGGUUUAGAACUCAUGAAGCAAGUCAUCGGUGGCCUGUUUCCAGAGUUGGCUGAGGUUGGCUUCACCGACAGCCGGUUCGUGAUUGAUUAUGUCCCCGGAUAUUCUGACUCUCUGUUCAUCUGCACCGGUGGCUCGGGCCAUGGAUUCAAAUUCCUUCCGGUUCUUGGUAAGUAUGUCAAGAAUCAGCUCGAACGAGUUCCCGAUCGCUUUACGCCUAUUUGGAAAUGGCGAGCUGUUGAGGAAGGCAAACAAUGCAACGGUCUCGAGGAGGGCGAAGCUGGUCCUCGUGAGAUGUCAAAUCUAAAGUUAGCAAAGCGUAAGCGGCCCCCAGGUCUCUGA